AUGGAAAAGAAUUUAAUCCAGCGGUACAACAACGCAAGUUCAAUAUUUCUAUUCAAAAGAGCUGCAAAAACUUACUGGAUUGAAGAGUUUGAAAGACUUAUAAGACAGUUUCGUAGGGUAAGUGCAAGAGCGUACAGGUACUUAAAGCGAGCAGGUUUUCCAUUUUGGUCACGGGCACUAUUUGUUGGCCAACGGUACAACAUUUUGACCAACAACCACGCAGAAACUUUGAACUCAAUAUUGAGAUAUGCUUGUUCGUUACCGAUCACAUGCUUCGUGGAACACAUUCGACAUACUAUGCAGAAGUGGUUUUAUGAACGUCGUGCCAGUGCAACCGCAUGCAGUACCGUGCUGUCACCAAGGAUGAAGAAUGAGUUACGGACGACGUUCGAAGCAAGUACUAGGCUGCGAGCGCAUGGCUUGACAGAUAACUUAAUACAAGUUGGAAUAUCUAACGACACGGACAUCGUAGACUUCUCCGAAAAUACGUGUACUUGUCGUGAGUUCCAACUGAAUCGUAUGUCGUGCGUUCACGCAACCCGUGCUGCUUGCUUGAGAGGUAAGUCAUUGUAUGAUCUAUGCUCACCGUAUUACAGAUCCGAAUACUGGAAGGGUGCCUACAGAGAAGCUAUAUAUCCUGUUGCGCAUGAAGUGGACUGGAUUGUUCCAGCCGAAAUUACAGGUACUCCUAUUAUGCCCCCAGCGUACGUCAUCCUCCAAAUAGACCACCCACACAACGUAAGCGAUCCAAACACGAGUGUACCACACGACUCAGGAAAUGCACUCGCUGCGAUGGACUUGGUCAUAAUCGGACCAUAUGUUCGAACCCCACUGUACCACGUCCGAUGUAAACAACAUUUUGUACUUGAGUGGUUGAAGUUGUAA